CCAUAAUAUUAAUCGAUCCUUUCACGUUUUCCGGCAUUUUGCCGCACAAACCUCAGUACUAGUGGUGCUUACAUACACCACAAAAACAACACAAUGGCAGCUACACUGCCUAUGAACCCUAAGCCGUUCCUGAAUGGACUGACAGGAAAACCAGUUAUGGUUAAGCUAAAAUGGGGUAUGGAGUACAAAGGAUACCUUGUGUCUGUGGAUGGCUACAUGAAUCUACAGUUGGCCAACACUGAAGAAUACAUUGACAGUCAACUAGCUGGCAAUCUGGGUGAAGUGCUCAUAAGAUGCAACAAUGUUCUGUACAUCCGAGGAGUUGAGGAGGAAGAUGAGGAAGGAGAGACCAGGGACUAACUUGUGCCCAAGAUCUGUAGAAUGAGUAGGGCUACCAACUCAGCCAUCAUCAUUGUCUUGUUUCAUUGUUUCAUGUUACUUUAAUUGAUGAGAACCAUGAUGUAUUAUUAUUCCUGAUGUUUAUGAGAUAUCUAUUAUGUACAACCUGACACUAUACCAUGAUGAUUCAUAUGUUUAAAUUACAAGUUUGUGGUUUUAUCUGUUAAAUAUUUAAAAGUUAAAUGUUUGUAGUUAGAUUUUUAUAGUCUAGUAAAACUUCAUGUUCAUUAAUUUUUUUAAAGUCAUGUGUAGCACUGACUUCACUGUAUAAUAAUUGUUGUCAUUUUUCUUCAUUUCUCUACAUAUUUCAUCCCAUCAAUUCAUGCAAUCUACAACCUGACUAUAAUAGAAUCAUGUACUGCAGCUCAUUGUUGUAAUAUCAUCCUCAGUGUUUGAUGUAUAAUGUUUUAUGUUGUACAACUUGACUUUUAAUAUUUUUUAACAUAAAAACAUGUGAAUGACAUCAUUUUAUUUAGUUAGCUUCAAGCUUGAAAUUAAACUAUUUGGUCAAAUGCUUUAAUAAUACCCUUGCUGAUCAACCUAAUUUUUAAAAAAUAACUUACAAUUUACAGACAAAAAACUGAGAUUACUGAAAUUUUUAGUUGUGACACAAAUUGUGCUAAAAAUCGAAGAUUUUUUUUUUAAAUUGUGUAUUUUUAACAAUUAUGUUAUUUGAUGUUGUUUUUAGUGUUAGAUUUUGUGUAACCAUGAUGAAGUUCUAGAACCAUCCUGAAGCUCUCAAAAAGUUAAUUCUCCUGAAACAUUUUUUACACUACUUUAUACCACUCACUCACCAGAGUGUCAGUAAUUCAAAAUUGAACAAAACUAAGCAUUACCAUCAUUCCAUUUUUUACUGUUUGCAUUUUGGCAUCUAAAUAAAGUUCAUUUGAAAUU